GGUGCCAGGCUUCAGUGAGGCUUCAGCUGUCGCUGAGAAGUAGUGGUGGUGUUGUGUGUGUGUGUCUGUCAGUCUGUCUGUCUGUUUGUAUCACUGAGACGGUGAAUGGCCCUGCCGUCUUGAGACUUCACUGGCCCUGGAGAACUCCCUCGCUCCCGUUUUCUGUUCGGACGGAUUCCAGCCAAGAGAAUCCAAAAGCGAGUUGUACUGCCUACAGAAACCAACAAUACCAACUAUAGGUUUCAGAGACCAGAGACCGCCAUCAUGGGGAGAGCUAUCUUGUGCUCCAUUAUUUUGACAGCUUUCUUUUCAAAAGCUCAUGGUCAGGAGCAGCGCUGGGUGUGGGGUAGCAGCAGCAUCAGCAGCAGCAGCAGCAGCAGCAGCCGACGCUCCGAACGGCAGCUGGAACUAGAACUGGAACUUCAUCGACCCUCUCUCCUGCUGCGCCCAGCAGCAGCAGCGGCCCUUCUUCCCCUUGCUCCUGCUGCUGCUGCUGCUCCUGCUGCUGGUUCCAUUUCUCCCCCAGCAGCACCCUUCGGUCUCGUCCCUUCCGAAGCAUCCUCCCUGGACCCCCACGACGGGAGCAGCAGAAGUCGCCCUCCUGGAACUACUGCUGCUGCUGCUGGGGAUUCUUCCUCCUCCUCCUCCAGUCUGCAUGGAACCGAGACUCAAGUCAGUGCCGCGGCGGCGGCCUCCUCCUCCUCCUCCUCCUUCCAGCUGCGUCCGAGCCCGCUGGAACCUCUGGUCUUCCGGCCGCUCUCCAUCGACAUCUCCAAGCUGCCCCUGCAGUCGUCUUCGGAGGUCGACGCCUUCGAGGAGGCCUUCGCCUCCUCCGCCUUCCACCACCCUCCGCUCUCGUCGUCGUCGUCGUCGGCCCCGUCGGCUUCGUUGUCCAGGGAGGCCGUUCACCAGGACCUCACCAGGGGCCUGCCUCUCGGAAGGCCGGGGCAUCCGGAUCCGAUCCCUGGAAUCGUCUCGUCCAACGUGUUCCCGAGGGAUGUUUCCGGCCUUCACGUCGACUCGUCGGCGGCGGCGGCGCCAGUGAGGAACUCCCAGGCGUUGGUCAGUCCUCCGGACAUAUCGAUUCUGCCCCUGGAGGGGUCAUCGGCGGACGGGAGACAGCGCUUCGAAGGGCAGCCCUUCGCCGAGAGCCCCGUCGUCGGACGCCUAACGCAAUUCCAGGUCCAUUCGCCAGCGCCGCCUAGCGGCCGAUUAUUGUUCCCGCAAAGGAUAUCGUCACUGGAAGCAAUAAAUAAGAGACAAGACGAGCUCUUCAGAGGGACCGCUGGAAAGCAGCGCGAGAUGGUCCUGCCCAAACCCACGAGAAUAUUCCCAAGUGGCCAGACUCCAGACCUGGACCAGUCGCCAUUUCUGAAGAAGAAGAUCCCCAACGGUAAGAAAUCCGCACAGCAGCAGCAGCCUCCCACCAGGGGGGGCGGCGCAAUCAGGUUCCCCAAGCAGAUCAAGAAAUUCAGCUUCGCCCCCCCGACGCAGACGUUUCCAAUAGUGGAGCCCAUCGCCGCCGGGUCGUCCAGGGACGUGGUGUCUUCCUACGCUCUUCCGCCGCCUGGGUCGUCGUCGGCGUUGGCCUUCCAGCAGCAGCAACAGCAGCAGGAGGCCGCCAGAGAGCUGCUUCCGAACCGGCCGACGCGGGAGUCGAGGGGCUUCGUCAGGACCCCUUCGGCAGACGAAAGUGAGACCUUGACCCUCGUGUUCAAGAAAGAGGUCAAACCGAAGAAGGGCGCCAAGCAACCGACUUAUCUUUGGGUUUGGCCUAGAAAGGUCUCCUCCCAGCCUGCGUUCACUAGCCCUGCCAAACAUGCCCUGUAGAAUGUAUUAGUACUGGGACCAAUCGCCCCAUUUUUAUAUAUAUACACGAGAAAAGGUAAUAAUAAUAAUGUGCCUUAAUAUCAGGUUGGUAUUCAUGCGCGAGAAUAUGCUUUAUAAGUAACUGAAUAUUAGAUUGAGUAUUCGUAGGUACUACUCGCAUUUGAGAGGAUAUUUUCCAUAGUCGUAUGUGUAAUGAAAUAUGACAAGAAUGAUUACAAGUAUGAUUACUAAUGAGGACGUAUAGUACACACCCACACACUCACAAACAUACACACAUUAUUUGAUAUCUGAUUUUUAUAUGGAACCAAUCAUACGUA